GAAAGGCCACUCCUCAUUUUGGUUAAUUGGCAUCCCGUUUUUUCUCUCCCCCUCUCUCGGAGUAGGAGGGAUUUCUCACUAUUCUUUUAGAUUUCGGAAAUUCCGGCGAUCUUGCUGCCUAAUUUUUCAGCCGAUUUCGCCCUGGAGCUUCCAAUUUCUCCACCGAGUGCUUAGUUCAACACUUCAAUUCAACCCUUCCGUCUCCGAUUCACCAAUUCCUGCAAUAGCAAUGGCGCUGUUCUUCUUUUAGGGUUUCUGUUACCCUCUCCGUCGGUAUCAGAACCCACUCUGUACGAACUCUUGAUCGCGGUUCUGCAAAUCGCUGUUAUGGCGAUCCGGUUCACCGUGACCUACUCCGGCUAUGUCGCCCAGAACCUCGCUGCGUCCGCCUCCACCAAAGUUGGCGGCUGCCGCCUCUUCCAAGAAGUCCGGCCCCGGCUUUUCAAUCGGAAGCCCGAUCUCGAUACCCCUGCCGCCGCUAGGGCUGAGCUCCGGCGGUCGAAAUGUUCGAGUUGCUGGUCGAAUCGCUCGUCUGCCAUGUACACGACUCUCUCCGGCGAAUUCCUCGGGGACAACUGUAAGGCUUCGCCGAUCGUUCUCGGUCUGGUUUCGCUGAUGAAGUCAUCGGCAGCUGUUUCUGGAACGUCUUUCAUGGGGGUUUUGGGGAUUUCGCCUUUGAAGGCCACUUCGUUCCUUCCUUUUCUGCAAGGAUCGAAGUGGCUUCCCUGUAACGAAUCGAUCCAAGGAUCAACUAGUAACGAGGUCGAUAAGGGCGGGACACAGUUGUGUAGUGAAGGAGAAGAGAUUGACUGUGAUUGCUUACAAGAUAUGCCCUCGAGUUAUAGGAGGGCGCUUGAGAGGAGCAAUUGGCUCUCGAGGUUGUUCAAAUUUAGUUCCGAUGAUGCAAAGGCCGCUUUCACAGCGUUGACUGUUAGCAUAUUGUUCCGGUCGUCGUUGGCGGAGCCAAGGUCCAUUCCCUCGUCCUCUAUGUGUCCAACCCUGGAUGUGGGUGACCGAAUAUUGGCAGAAAAGGUUUCAUAUGUCUUCAGAAAGCCUGAAGUUUCGGAUAUUGUAAUAUUUAAAGCUCCACCAAUCCUUCAGGAAAUUGGCUUCAAUUCAUGCGAUGUAUUUAUAAAACGAAUCGUUGCAAAGGAAGGGGAUUAUGUUGAAGUACGAGAGGGUAAAUUAUUCGUGAAUGAUGUGGUGCAAGAUGAGGAUUUCAUUUUGGAGCCUCUUGCUUAUGAAAUGGAUCGAUUGCUUGUUCCAGAAGGCUAUGUGUUUGUGAUGGGGGACAAUCGAAACAAUAGUUUUGAUUCCCAUAAUUGGGGUCCCCUACCAAUCGAAAACAUUGUUGGAAGGUCAGUGCUUAGAUAUUGGCCUCCCUCCAAAGUGUCUGACACUCUUCAUGGAGGUGGAGCAUCAGGGAGCAAGAAUGCAAUUGCAGUCUCCUGACCCUCAACUUCUUCCAUCAGUUAACUUCGUAUUUUUUCUUCAAUUUAAUUCACCACAACGCUUGUGGCUCUCAAUUUGAGAGCAGUUGUGCAUAUUCAACGAAUCUUGAUGUCAAGUUUUGGGGAUUUGAAAUGUGUAGUGUUAUUGAUGAUGUCAAUGGCCUAAUGCUAAUAGGCUGUCUUUCUAUGCAAUUCAUUCUUUCUGUAAUGGGCUUCCAAAGCCUGCAUUUGUACAGGAGUGGGAAGAGAAUAUGAAGAAAAUGAAUGAAUGAAUGAUUUUAACUUUCUCA